UUCCAAAGUAAACGUUCAAAAGCUCAAAAAUCCUAAGGGAUCAACUGAGCCUCCUCUUCGCUGCACUGCGACAGUCUGUAUAAAAGUCACACACCUCCGCCAAUUAAAGGAACAUGAACCUUUCUGGUGCUCAGUCACUAUAAAGCAUCUGUCAUUGUUGGUGGUGAAUCCACCCCCUCGUGGUCCUCUGAUGGAGCAGGCUCUGCUGCUGCUGAUGGGACUUCACUGGCCUUUAAAUUUUAAUGUCUUGUUCGCUGCUGAGCGCUUUGUUUUCGGGACUCUGACUCUGGGCUGGAGGGUGUUUGUUCUGUCCACAAUAACAGCAAAACAAAGUUUACAUUUAAAAUGAAUAUUUCCUCACUGAGACGCACGCCUGCCGUUUUGUUACGUUUCCCUGUCGGCUGCUGGUUCAUCAGACCUCGUCUGCUGAGGCCAUUGAGACUUCAGCCAUUAAGAACAAGUGCAACAUGUAUAAAAUGAUUAAAUGAUUUUUAUUAUAUCAAACUGAAAUAAAAGCUCAGCACCUUCUGUGUAUCAUGUGAGCUUCAAAACCAAUUCAGCAGGAUGCUGCAGGUGGGGCAUUUUUGUUUGUGAGCUGACUGACAGCGGAAACCUCGCGGCGUCUUCGGGGCUGCAGAGGAACAAACCUCGGCAUGCGUGUCCAUUUUGUGAGGUUUGUUCGGGGGGGUGAAUGUGGGAGGCGUCCUUGUUUUUGGGUGGGCAGUUCUUCGUAUAGUCCUCCUCAUUCCACGAACCCCCUCCUUCCUCCUCCUUCCUCCUCCUCCCCCUUUAUCCUCGUCUUCUCCCCUCUUUUAUCCAAGCGCUGGCGGCCCCCACAUUCUCACAGCGACUGCGGGCCGUGGAGCGUCACAUGCCACCAUGAGUGUCCUGCCAUGCGGUUUCCUCUUCCUCCUCCUCCUCUGCCUCCCUGUCCUCAGUGAGGCAAAGCGGCAGCCCGGUCAGGGGAAACCUGACAAACCUCGCCAGCCUCCGUCGUCACCCCCGCCUCCAAAGAGAGCCAGAAACCGCUCGGUGCCCGGCUCUGGAGAGCUGAGCACCAAGGGGGGCCAUCGCUGCACCUGGCAGACGUCUGGUGAAGGCCUGGUGAGCCUGCUGGUGAACUGCAGCACUGAAACACUGGGCCAACAGCAGAGGUAUUGGUGUCGGUAUGCCGGUAAACCUGACCUUUGCCAGGCCUACGGGGUGAAGUCCAGCCAGUACUGGAAGCAGCUGGUAGGGAAGCUGAAGAAGAGGCAGAACGCCUGUGAAGGAGAGAAAGUCCUGAAGGCCAAAACCUGCAAGAAGGCUCCCGCCGAGGCCCACAUGAAGCUCGCCCAGCGAAGUGGAGAGGACGACCAGAAGGCAGGGAAGAAGAAAGGACCACCAGCGAGUAAGGGCUCAGAUGGAGGGAAGGCAGAGAAGAGGAAGAAGGAGGAAGAGGAGAAGAUGGAGGAGAGGACUGGGUUUGAGGAGGGAAUGGUGAACGACAUGGAGCCGGUGCAGAGUUACUGCAGCGAGGGGUGGCACUCCGUCUGCUCCUUCUUUGUCAAGUUUUUUGAGGGUUGAAGGAAAUGUAAAAUGAAUUUCUGAGAUCUGAUGAGGCACGUUCACAAUCGACCUCUGAAGAUGUUUGCACGAAGGCCCAGGCAGCUCACAGAUAUUUUACCUUCAACUUUAGGGUGCACAAGUAGAAAGGCACUUUGAAUUUGGUCGUAAAAAAACACACUUGUAGUCUGAGCAUUUUUUAAAAAUUACAAACUUCUUACAAACG